AUGUCGUGGGCAUCUCCGCCCCAGAAUCCGAACCAGCGGUCUGUCAGUUACGAUUACCCGAGAAUAAAGCCGCCUCACAAAUAUACGGACUCGCAUCGAAUUGUAUCCGAUGAUGUCAUGGCUAGAAACAAGUUUCAGACAUCGCCUUCGUCAGUGGCAAAUUUUGGGGAAGCCUUGUCGCUACAGGAUAGUGGAAGGCAGAGUUCAGGCAGCUAUCCUACAGAUACACCACUUGAGCCAGAUCUCGAAGUAAGCCGUGUUGACCGUCAGUCAAAAUUCAUGGAGACCUUCUCAAGAACGAGCAGUAUGAGCUCGCGACACGUAGAGCCAGACGAAGAUCAAACAGCGGGGCAAUCUCCUCAUUUACAUCACACGUCGCCUUCGGAAUCGUCUCAUUUGAAUCUGUUCAGUUUCAAUGAGGCAAAUGAGUCGGGAAGAGAGUUUCAGGUGUCACCAUCGAGGUCCGAAUUCGACACUGGUCUAGAAAAUGCUGACUUCGUUAGUGUUAAAACUCUGGUUGUGGGCCGUUCUGACGACGAAAUUAAUACUAUCGACUCGUCCCUGCCGCCCAAAUCCUUGAUGUCGGGCACAUCAAACUUGGUGGGUCUGAUAAUCGGAAAAUACGAAUAUAGCACGAGCGGCUUGGCCCUAAACAUCACAGAUUCAAGGGCCACUGCAGACUCCAGGCUCACUACAAUGUCUUUCAAGUCUGGUUCUGGCAACUCUAAUGGCUCUCGACAACAUCUUUACUCCUCUGAAAGGGACGAGGAGCUACGCGGCUUGAGAGAUCCAGUAAGAGAGGACCUCCCCACUCAGCGAAGUCUGCAAGAGCUGUCAGAUCUGAGAAGAAAGGAGCAUCUUCGCAAUAACUCUGCAUCUUCCACGAUAUCUACCGCGUCUACAUCCUCCACUUUAACGAAAUCCAACAACCAGCAGCGCUUUAUAAGAUAUGCUAUGGGCGCUCAGUCUUCGCAGCCAUCUUUGAGUUCAACAUCGCGCUGGCUGAUGCACAAUGUCCUUACUUGGCUUGAUUAUCAUGGAUUUAAUGAGUCGUGGAAGCAAACCUUCAAGCGGAAUGAGAUCUCGGGAAACAGGUUUCUUGAAUUAGGAAACUACGACUCUUCUUCAAUGAUCUGGAAACAAUUCAGCAAAAAGCUUGGCAGUGACGACGAUUGCAAUAAUGUGGACCGGUUCAUCACCUUGCUACGAUCAGAAUUGUCCCUAAUUGAUUAUCCUUCGAGUGCUACUAGUGCCACAUUAGCUCCACCUGAGUUUGAAGUUCAAAAAAGAGCCGAAAAUAGAAAGUCUUCUGCUACGCUUUCUACAACGCUGCCGACAGCUGCAACUAAGCCCAGGCCCUUCUCCUAUGUUGAGCCAUCCAGUACUAAACCAAAUCCUCUCAAGGAGCAUCCACAAUCUCACUCUCAUAAGUUUUUCAGACUCCAUCACCGUACAUCUUCGAAUGACUCAACGAGGGCAAAUGCUAGUACUGGAAACUUACAAGCUUACGGCAAUGGAUCAAGGUCCUCCAUUGAGGACCCAAGAAAUUCCACUGGUCAGAGAAUGAGUGGCAUCUUCAGCUCCAUCUGGAAAUACAGUGGGGAUAAAGCAGCUGGCAUAGUAAAGCAAGUCCAUCCUAGCUCGGGCAGUUCAGGAUAUAGACACUUUAGUGGAAACAAAAGAAGCAGCUACGGGAUUGCCAAUCAUCGAAAAUCCGAUUCUGCUGGGAAGAAUGCCUCAUUCAUGAACAGAGAUUCGGUCAUUAGUUUACAACGCUCGCAAGAGGAAACCAUCUCGCCUGUCUCGACCAAAUCGUCUGGUUUACCACAUAUUGAGGUUGCCGUAGAAUCUUCAGCGGAAAGCGAUCGGCUGUUGAGUGCGGAAUAUAGGAUUGAAAAGGUGGAUUCGAGAUAUUUACCAGUUCCGAAAGUGGGUUUAGAGGACGAAUCCAAGCUCAUACUUAUUUCCAAGGAUAAUUUAUCGUUCAAACCCUUGCGAAUCUAUGCUAAAGACUUAAAUGAAUUGGACUCGAUGAAGAAAAAAAUCAUAAGGUCCUUGGAUUUAAUCAACAUAGGGAUAAUAACAUUUCAUCUCACUGACUUUGAUUGCAUUCCGGGAGAAGCUAUGAGCGAUGAAGUGAUAAUUCAGGCAUUACGGCAGAACUCACUUUGCAAGAUACAUGUCCAGCAAGUGAUGAACUCUCCUGGAACCAACACAAUUUCCAGUACAUCGUCCGAUGCUCGUUCAUUCGACUUAACCGGCGACAAUAAUGGUAGAAUGUAUCCUGCCACUCCUCAAUACCUUUUGCAAGACACUCGUGAUAAAGGUAUUGAUUAUAUCAACUUUAAAGAUCAAGAAAUGUUAAACCAGAUAAAGCAACCAAAAGAUGGUAAGGGAAACUCAUCAACAUUUCAACAUCCAUUGAAACUCACUAUACCUGCAAACAAGAGAGCUUCCAAAGGGAUGUUUCCUCUUAAAAAUGGUCUUCUGACUUCUCGAAAAGUGGAGUUUACAGAGCUGUCAUCUCAUGCAUCCCAGCAGCCAGAGCUUCAAGAAAUUUCUACCAAGUCAAAAGAGAUGUCUGAUAAUAAGCUGCAGCGUGUUCCUUCAAGCUCAUCUACUCGAACAACAUCAUCCUCCAUUUAUGAUGACAAGAGCUCUUUGUCGACCAAAGCGAUUCGAUCCAGUGUUUUCAAAGAGGGUGCAUCAAGAGCAUCUUCACUGGGGCUGGAGUACGAGAAGAGCAGUAAUUUCAUAGCAAAACGGAAAGCUCCACCUCCACCUACCAGCUCCAAUUCCUCUAAAUAUGGAAGAGCUGUCGGACUGCUGCCUAGCCUCUCGAGGAACUCAAGUGGAAGAAAGGUAUCAUCGAAGCUGUCAUCAAUUCGCAAAUUCGAGGAAGCUCUGCAUGCUUAUCUUGAGAAUGAAUUCAGUUUUGAAGAUGCUCCGAAAUUCUCUGAAACACCGAAAGGAAAGUCGAGAAAUGAUAACGGUAAAAAAGAAGAUGACAGUGAACAUGAUGACUUCUUUGUGAAACCAAUGACCACAGAUACAAAUUCGGAUGAUGGAAGCGACAGUGAAGAGGACUUUUUCAUGAAGCCUACCAAGCAACGAAAGGAUGCCGUACAAAAAGCCGAAAUAAGGGCCAUGAGUGUAAGACCACCUGUUGAAGAGGUUUACAACAAUCUUGAGAAGUACUUCCCCAAUACCAACCUUGAUAAGCCAAUUAUAGAUGCAUCACCGGAAUCACCAGUCGCUCAAGUCAUAAAUCCAAGAAGAGCAUUUCCAACACAGCGCAAGGAGUCCAUUUCUCGAACUUUUUCAAAUGCUAAUAAUUCACCUAUCAACCCACCAACAGAUGAUGACGAUUUGUUGCCUGAGAGUGGAGCCAAACAUUUCAAAAGAAUGAAAACAAUUAGAACUGUCGCGAACGAGGCUCGCAACAAGCGUCUUGCAAGUCAAAAAGCAAGUAAGGCAGAGGUGCCGGAAGCCGCAAGUGAAGAGAAGAGCCCUUCCCUCCGAAGAACAAAUACCAAGCUUUGGGGUCAAAGAGUUAUUGAGGUGACCUCUGCAGAAAUUGAGAAAGGUUUUGUUAGCCGCAUCAGAUCCAGCGCAAGCACGAAGUUUGAAGAAUUUGCAUGGAUCAAGGGUGAACUAAUCGGCAGAGGUUCUUUUGGGUCAGUGUACUUGGCACUUAACGUCACCACGGGUGAAAUGCUUGCAGUAAAGCAAGUUGUUGUGGAUGAUCAUUGGAAUAAAACAUCAGACGGUCUAGAUGCUUUGCACAAGGAAGUGGAGACCAUGAAAGAUCUUGAUCAUCUUAAUAUUGUUCAAUACUUGGGAUUUGAGCAAAAGAAAAACACAUAUAGUUUGUUCUUGGAGUAUGUUGGUGGCGGUUCCAUCUCAUCGUGCCUUAAGUCUUUUGGUAAGUUUGAUGAAGGGCUAGUGAAGUUUAUCACGAGGCAAGUUCUUGACGGCCUUAGGUACUUACAUUCCAAUGGUAUUAUUCACAGAGACUUGAAAGCGGAUAAUUUGUUGCUAGAGACUGAUGGUACCUGUAAGAUCUCGGAUUUUGGUAUCUCGAAAAAGUCACAAGACAUUUACAGCAAUAACGCAGAGAUGUCGAUGCAAGGUACAGUUUUUUGGAUGGCACCUGAGGUGAUUCACAACAUUGUUGAAGACAAAAAGCAGGGCUACAGUGCCAAGGUUGAUAUUUGGUCACUUGGGUGUGUGGUGUUGGAGAUGUUUGCAGGGCAGAGACCAUGGUCCAAUGAGGCAGUCAUCAGCGCCAUUUAUAAAAUUGGAAAAACCAAACUUGCGCCGCCAAUACCUGAGGAUGUUAGUGAAGAGGCGAAGGACUUCUUAAAGCAGUGUUUUAUUACAGACUCUGAGAUGAGACCCACAGCAGAAGAGCUCCUCAAACACCCGUUUAUGAAAAUGGAUCCGAAUUUCUCAUUCCAGGAUACCAGGCUUCGCCAAGUGAUCAAGUUCAAUACCAGACGGGUUUAG